AUGAAGGUCACAUAUGCAUUAACAGCUUUGAGCUUGCUCGGCGUAGCAAUUGCUCUCCCUACUCCAAUUGACACAAGAGAAGCACACAGCAGCGAAUCUACCUUAGAGGCAAAACGGGAUGCAGCACCAGCAGAAGAAGCUACCAACUACUUCUAUGCUGUUCAGAAGAAGGAUGCUGUGCCAGAAGAAGCUGCAGAUUUCUUCUAUGUCGUUCAGAAACGAGACGCUGUGCCAGAAGAGGCAUCCAACAUUUUCUAUGCUGUCCAGAAGAAGGACGCUACGCCAGAAGAAGCGACCAACUUUUUCUACGUCGUUCAGAAACGAGAUGACAUACCAGAAGAAGCUUCCGACAUUUUCUACGCUGUCCAGAAGAAGGAUGCUGUGCCAGAAGAAGCUGCAGAUUUCUUCUAUGUCGUUCAGAAACGAGACGCUGUGCCAGAAGAGGCAUCCAACAUUUUCUAUGCUGUUCAGAAGAAGGACGCUGCGCCAGAAGAAGCGGCGACCAACUGGUUCUACGCUGUACAAUAG